AUGAGCGAUGACCAUUCGCUCCAUGUUUAUAAGCGAUUGAACAGUGGGGAGCUCGAUGGCAUGCCCACGAUGAUGGCGCAACCUUGUGGCAGACGCGAUGCAUUCCGGCUUUCUUUUGUCAAAGACUGGGACGGUGAUGGCAAGCCGGAUUUGAUUUGCGUUGCUCGAAACCAAAGCAUCGCUGUCGCGAAGCAGUCGACAGACUUGUCGUUUUCCGAGCUCUCCAUUGUAGUGGAUCUUGCCUCCUUAGGCGUCGCCGAGGCGUGGCCAGACGACACUUGGCGCUCUUACUUUCGAGCGGCUGUGACAGACGUGGUUGAUUGGAAUGGUGAUGGCUUGCAAGAUUUUCUUCUCACCUCAGGUGCUGUGCUGCUGCAGACAAGAGAAGUGUUCAAGGUUCUGCGCGGCAUUGUCCCUGGAAGGAGUGUCUUGGAUGGAAGCAUUCUGAAAGCUGCCGAUUUCAACAAGGAUGGACUGCUAGAUGUGGUCAUGGUUGCCGAGGCGAAAGGACAGGCAACUGUAUUCUUGCAACUAAAUGGGUCCCUUCAAGAAGCUCAAACUCUGGAGUUCCAGCCAAGCGGAAGAAGGAGGAUACCCCCUCGCGCAGUCCAAGUCGUGGAUUGGUAUGGCAGUGGCGUGCCAGAUGUGCUGAUAGGAGAUGGAUUUGGAAAUUAUCACCAGGGGGUACAUACACUCGUUGGCAUCUCCAUCAGAAUGCUUUCAAGUAGCUGCGUUGCCAAGGCUGCAUGCAACUAUGCUGGCGUUUGCAGCGACCGCACCAGUUUGUGCAGGUGUGAUGAAGGCUACAUUUCGAAGGGCGACUGUGCUGCGUGCGCCAAGGGCUAUUUCACUAGCGGCACCCUGCUCCAAAGGCAGUGCCUGCCUUGUGCAGGCCGCUGGAGUGGUAGGAGCUGCUAUGGCAGAGGCACCUGCUUUGACGAUCUUUCGGCGCAGUCACCGGGAAGUUCUGACUACAGAGCUGGCAAUGGCUCCUGUGCUUGCAAUGAUGCACGCUUCUAUGGGACUGACGAGAGAGGCCUACGAUCCUGCCAUCUCGGAGAAUGUGGAGCUUGGCAGCAGGAGGUGGGUGGCCAAUGCAGGCCCAACCUGAACUACCUGAUGAUGUUGCUCCUUUUUGCGGUGCAGAUGUUUGGCAUGUGGAUGUUGCUUUAUCUAGUCGUUGCUGGCAGUCCCAUGGCCAUUGAGGACAUUUCCCUGGACUCUGGAGUUGUGGUCGUGACCACUACCACGUCUCAUCGUUUGCUUCGUCGGCCCGUGCUGCAAGCCAAGGUUCACUUCUCUCAAACUGGUCAUCCUUUGUUAGACUCCAAGGUCUUCUAUGCCAAGCCAAUGCACUCGCAGAAGAAUCGAUGUGUGCUGUUGGAAGCCGAGGGUCAUGCCAUGACCGGCAGGGCAGAUGCUUCAAUAGGAUGGUUGAUGAUCUCACGUAGCAGGGUUGCACUUUGUGUUGGCUUUUUCAUGCUCCCUCUUGGCCUCCUGUGUGUGGCAACAGGCGCUCUAGCCUUGUGCUUGUAUAUCUUUGCUGGGCUCCACAAUUUCCACGCCGCCUGCGCUGUUGGGGUGACAUUCAUACUGGCAGCAGCAGCGCAGCUCUGGAGACGGCUGCUUCUCCGGACAUCGCUCAACAACCAGCUUGAUCACUUCAGGGCCAAAGUGGCGAGUGUUCCACCAGUUGCAUGCCCUCGCGGAGCCGAUCGUGGAAUCACAACUGCAAGGUUGUUGGAGCUGUGGCAGGCGUUUGAAGUCCAUAUUCGAGACAGAGACAUGUAUUUUGUAGUUGCAAACAUUGUGAAACCCCUGACUUCUACCUGCAAGCUCUCUUACGUUGAGUAUGAGGGCCCGGCCAAGUUUGCGUGGUUUGUGAGCCAUUUUUGGGGUACCCCCUUUUGCCAUUUCAAAGAUGCCCUGCGCCAUCACACCAGAUGGGUCGGGGAGAAACUUGACUGUGCAUAUUGGAUCUGCUCCUUCAGCAAUAACCAGUGGGCUAUCCAGGCAGAACUUGGUUCAACAUGCGAAGAGUCGUCAUUCUUCCUUGCACUGAACAGCCUGAGCUGCAAGGGAACAGCAAUGGUGUUGGAUGAAGAGGUCAAGCCUUUAUCAAGGUCAUGGUGCUUGUUUGAAGUGCUUCAGACGCGGCUUCUCAAAGAGCGUCGCAGCGACUACAGAGGUCUUUCUCUCUGCACAAGUUCUGGCGUCUUGGGUCAUGGCUCUGGUUUGGAUGUGGUGUUGGCAGUUGGCCGGCACUUGACGAGUUUGCGGUUGCAGGAUGCCAGUGCCUCGGAGCCUGCGGACAAGAAGAUGAUCGAUGAGAGAGUGGAGAGCAUGGCUGGUGGUUUCGAGGCCACCAACGAGUUUGUUCGUGUGACCAUUCGGGAGGCCCUGGAGUUGGCGGAGGCUUCCUUUCAAGAUGACUUGUCAAAGGUGGUGGCCAUGCUGAGUUGA